UGUUCACGCUCGCAUCAGAGCAGGAGCUCCAGUGACAGUGGAGUGCUUUGAUUCAUGCUGUUGUGGAGUCUCCUUUUUGGAUUCAAAGAACAAUUAAUGCGGCCAGAAAAGAGCGAAUGAAGGAGGAGAAGAUGAAUGUGGAGGCUCUAAGCAGAGCAGAGCUGCUGACUCUCCUCAGUAUCUUGGAGGGAGAGCUCGAAGCCCAGGAUGUAGUCAUACAUGCCCUCAGGGCUCAGCAUAGAGAUGCUUUUGUCCAAGAGCGCUACGGACAGUAUGACCUCAGCGAUCCAUUCCUGGCCCUGCAGCGGGACAACGAAGCCAUGGAGCGCCAGAACGCAGCGGCCGAACCUCACAUGCAUCUGCAGGGAAGGGCAGUGGGGCCAAAUCCUCUGGCUGUGCUUAAACUGGUCAUGGCUCACUGCAAGAGGAUGCAGGAGAGGAUGAUGGGACAGUUAGCUGCUGCUGAAAACAGACACAGAAGGAUGAUAGCAGAUUUGGAGGAGGAGAAACGACGACAUAUCCAGGACUCUGCACAGCAUGCCAAUUUCACCUUCACGCUGCAGACAGAAAGAGAUAAACUGCUGCAACAGCUGGAAGUGGAGCAUGCAACAGUGCAGAGAUUAGAGAAGGAAAAAGCCCAAGUAGUGAGCAAAGUAGAGGAGUCGCUGUCCCAGCAAAAGCAGCUCUCCUCAACUCUGACUCUGGAGCUCCAGAAAGCCAGCAGCCAGGCUGUGGAGGAGGCCCAGAAAGCCUCACAACUUCACACCUUGCUGCAAGAGGAGACCAGUGCCCUGGAGAAGCUCCGGGCGGUUCUUGAACAUGAGAAGAGCAGGGCAGCCCAGCUUGAGGCCAAGUCUGAUAGACAGCUGGCUGAGUUUGACAGAGAACGGGAGCAGCUGAAAGCCAGGCUUAGUAAAGAGGAGGAAAGGAGUAGAGAGCUUGAAAGUCAGGUGGAGGAGCUGAAAAAGAGAUUGGCUGAACUUGAAGGCUGUAAAGAAGAGGUAAAGGAGGUUGUGGUGGAGGAGAAAGAGUCGAUACCCAAGAACAUGGCGGUAUCUACCUCUGUUCAGACUGAGCCUGAUGGAAAGAUAAUUGUCAGUCCUAAAUCCACCUCACUGCCAAAAGUCAAUGGCCAUCACGCUCAAAAAGAGACAGAUCUGAAACAGGAAGGAAGAGGAGCGGAUAAUGAAGGGGUAGUAGAAAAUGGGGGAGGAGCAGUUUUGUAUUCCCCUCACUCUCAUCCUCACUCCCCCUCCAGCACAGCCUCCUCUUCCCUCUCCUCUUCCCCUGUUUCCUCUCCUGUUCUGGCAAAGCGUUUGGGCAGUCCUGGUUUCCAUCAGUCCUCCUACCAGGCUGGAGUCAAUCAACGGUUCCAGGCUGCCAGGCACAAGUUCCAGAGUCAGGCAGAGCUGGAUCAGCAGCAGCAUGGUGGGCCACUUUCCCCAAGGGACCUCUCCCCCACCACCUCCUCCAUCCCUCCCCCAUUGGAGCACAGCACAGCUAAGCAGCUGGCCCGCAACACCGUCACUCAGGUGCUGUCCCGCUUUACCAGUCAGCAGGCUGGAGUCAAGCUGGCUCCAAUCAGCAGCUCUCCAUUUGGUACAGACUACCGCAAUCUAGCAGCAUCUCCUCCGGGAGGAAGGUCCCCUUCAGGCCCUCUAUCUCCAGGCAUCCGCUCCCCCCUCACUCCACGCUCAGAGAAGACCUACCCUCCUCCAAUUCCUCCCAAGAAGCUGGGCAUGAGUCCAACUCCAGGCUCUCCCAGCCACUCUGCUCGGACCAGCCUCUUCCCAGAGCUGACAGGGAACUGUGGGCACAGUAACAGUGGCCAGGAUGGGGCCAAGGAGUCUGACCUGGUUUUAUCUUCAAGCAGCUAAUGGCCAGAUGACGCAAACUAACUGUUAAACAAUUCAGGGUUAAAUCAGCAGUUUUGUAAUAUCCAUCUUAAGUAGCAAAACUACUUAAUAGCACUUCAAACCAGACGUCUAGACAAGUAAAGCUGUACUGGUUCAAUCAGAUGCAGAGUUUGCUGCAUGCCUACCUCCAAACAACAACCUGACAGACAGUUGGAGCAGAACUAUUUGAAAUGAACUAGAGUAUAUGGAUUAUUUUUGUUGUGUUUCUUAUUUUCAUUUGGCUGUCUUUAUUUCUUUAUGUAGAACUAUUGUGAGCUUGUGUAAUAAAUGAAAAUGUAUUAUUUAGACCCUAUAUUAAGGGGGAUUCAAAAACCAUGUACAAUAUUAAAAGCAAAAGAUCUGUAAGAAUUGUCAUUGUAUAACACAGCCUUUGUUUUCUUUUCUUUUAGGGCAUAAACUGCUCAUCCUUUUACAAUCAAAAAAACACUUCAGUUUUUGUUUUUUUUUAAAUCCAUCCAUCCAUUUUUUCUGCUUAUCAUUUUCAGUGGGGAUGGAGCCUAUCCCAGCUGCCGUAGGGAGGGUACACACAAAAAAAGUAAAAAAAAACAACAAAAAACUGCAUAGCAGAUAGAAGGGCUAAAAUGUGCAAAUGUAAGCAAAUAUGUAGCUUUCACUGUUUAACACAAUAAGUAGUUUUUAAAUGUUUUCCUAAUGACUUCUUAUGCAGUUUCUAGAGAUGCUCGACUAUACUGUAUAUAUGAAAAUAAAAAACCAGUUUGUUCUUUAUGAAUGUUCUUUGUGAAUGGACAUCACCUGCAUGUACUGUUUUUGUGCUACACUUAACCAUGAAAACACUUGAGUCUUGGGUUGAAAAGGGAGAACACAUUUUGCACUACAUUACUGAUGUCUACAAUUUUGGAUUUUUAUUCAGUAAUAUCUGCUUCACAGCCCAGGGAGGACUAUGUGCCAUUAUUAUGUGAUAUGUGUAAUUAUUGCAUCAGCAAGAGUGGACAAAGUUUCAAAUCAUGCUACUGUAAUUUUUCUAUCAAAUUAUUUAGCUAUUAUUUCCUGUCUUAAUCGAUGUUACACAAGAUGCUUGUUUUACGUUUAACCUGUGACUUACUGUAUGUUCCUUGGCUUUAAAUCCAGUGAUUCCUUCCAAGUAAAUAUUUCAGCCAUUCCAUUUGAAUCUGUAAGGCCGUCAGUCCCUCACCUGUAUAAAGCAUAUCACAAACCCCCGUGAAACUUUGUGGCUUUCAAAUAAACUCU